AUGAACCAGGAAGAAGAGGACGAGGCCCAAAAAUUUUUGGGAAAUUUCAUAAACGUUAUUGAUCCUAGUGAUAUAAAUAAAAAUCGAAGAGACAAAAAGAAGAAAACAAAAAAAGAGAAAAAAAAAGAAAAGAGAGAACAUUUAAAAGAAAAACGAAAAAAAAAAAGACCAGAAGAAAAGAAAAGAAAAAAAGAAAAAAAAAGAGAAGCUUUAUUAAAAAUAUUAAAUAAUUUAAAUGAAGAAGAAAAAAUAGCUUUUUUAAAAGAAAGAAAACUUUCAGAAAUAAAAAAAAAAGAAGAAAAAAAACAAUUCUUAAUCAAAUCAUAUAAUGAAGGAUAUAAAAUAUGUUUUAAUUGUAGUUUUCAAAAUCUUAUGGAAGAAAAAGAAAUAUCCAGUUUAGCUAAACAAAUCUUUUUAUCAUAUCAUUAUAUGUUAAAAAAAAAAGUACCUGUACAAUUUCAUUUUACACAUAUGAAUGAUAAUGAUGAUAUCUCAUCCACGUUAAAAAGAUAUUCUUUCGAUAAAUGGAUGGUACAUAUACAUAAAGAUGAUUAUUGGAAUAUAUUUAAUAAAGACAAAAUAGUUGUGUUAUCUCCAGACGCUUCAGAGGAAUUAGAGGAAAUAAAAAAGGAUGAAGUAUAUAUUAUAUCUGCCCUAGUAGAUAGGAGUGUUUCAAAGAAUUUAUCUUUUUAUCAAGCAUCCCUUCAUGGUUUGAAGACAAGGAAGCUACCUUUAGAAAAAUAUAUAAAAAAAAAAAAAAGUAACGUACUAAAUGUAAAUACAGUAGUCGAAAUUUUAAUACAUUAUAUAAAAACACCCAACUGGUUGAAAGUUUUUGAAACUUGUAUUCCACAAAAAAAAGUUAUGUGUUUCUUUUAUGAUUCUUCUUCAAGUGUAAAUGAAGACGAACGAAUUAUAAAAGUUGACAAUGAAAUUUGUAUAAAUGAAAAAAAAGAUAUCCAAGUACAUUUUUAA